GCGGCUCUGUCCACUUUUUCCUCUCAUUCAUCCUGAAACAAUCGCUGCAUAUUAUUUCUCUCUCUUUGUCCCACUGUCUCUGUUUCCUUUUUUUCUGGCUCACUGUUUUCUCUCACUUUCUUUUUCCAUGAGAAGAAGAUAACUUUUAUAACUGUUUGUUUAUCACUGAGAACAGUAUUUAUCUCUCCUUCUCUGUGACCACUAACCAACUGAAUGUCCAUUGGAUCAGCCCUGUACAAGUCGGAUUGGGCUGUGAACUUUUGCUGGAGGGGCAGUCUUCUCACCAUCACAGGGACUCCACUGAGUGAAAUAACCCAAAUCCUCUCCUGAGCGAUGGUCGUUUGACUCUUCCACGGCAACUGCGUAACUAUGGAGUGCAGGCAUGGGGCAGACCUUGGGCAAAAAACAAACAGUCUGUUGUCAUCCAAGAGGGGCCGCUGAAGAGUAAUUUCGAAGUGGACUGAAAAAGAAGAGGAGGGAAGUUUGUGGCUUACUUUACAUCUCUGGGGAUCUUUCUUGACUUGUUCAGCUGUAGAUAACAGGAAUGGAUUAAGAAGACAAAGAAAGACGUUUUUUUUUUUUUUUUUUACAUUUUACCUGUUGAUGUGUUUUUGUAGCAUCGUCACACUCCAUACAAUGUGUCAAUGGACCAGAAUAUUGGCCUUUUUUAGGAUUACCGCUGUGGAAGUAACUGUUGGCUAACAAAGCUGUUGACAAUAGUUGGAGACAAAGAUUUCUGCCUUGAAGCAGGAGUGUGUGUGUGUGUGUGUGUGUUGUGGUGUUUUGGUUAUGUGAAUGUGUUCUUGCAGUUGUAUCAGGAUCUUGGUGUGUGUAUUUAUGUAGCUUUUGUAAAGAAAAGAUUCAGUGUGUGUGUGAUGCGUGGCUGUGAGACCACUAGCUGUCUAUCUGUCCUCCGGGCAGACAGACACAGGAAGGGACAGACAUGUGUUUCCAUGGCAAUGAGCGGCUGUAGCCCCUUCCCCAUGUGUUGGGAUAGAGAAUAUGACAGACACCUAGCAGCAGCAGUGUCAGCUGGGAAAACCAUGGCGACGGCCUACCUGGACCCCAACCUGAACCAUGCCCUCCUGGGAGGCGCCAAGUCACGGCUGAGCGCGGGGGGGUCGGACCGAACCAUGGCUGGCUCCGUGGACAGGGUUCUGAAAGUCUUCCAUCACUUUGAGACCAACACUGAACACAGCUGCUGGUCCUCCAAUAUCAGAUAUGGAGAUGCAACCGAUGUCAGGGGAAUCAUCCAGAAGAUUCUGGACAUCCACAAAGUGCGCUGGACGUCUUGUUUUGGCCUGCGUCUCAGCAACAGCCAAUCCAGAGACCAGGUGCACUGGCUCCACCCUGAUAUGGGUGUGUCCCACGUCAGAGAGAAAUAUGACCAGGCACGACCAAAUGAGGAGUGGAGGUAUGAGUUAAGGAUCCGGUAUCUUCCAAAGGGCUUUGUGCAGCAGUUUACAGAAGACAAACCUACACUCAACUACUUCUACCACCAGGUGAAGAAUGACUACAUGACAGAGAUCGGGGAACAGGUGGAACAAGAUGUAGCUCUCAAACUGGGCUGUCUAGAAAUCAGGAGGUUCUUCAAAGAGAUGAGAGGAAACGCCUUGGACAAGAAAUCCAACUAUGAACUAUUGGAGAAAGACGUUGGUUUGAGGCGCUUUUUCCCAAAAGAUCUGUUGGAUUCAGUCAAGGCUAAAACUCUGCGGAAGUUGAUUCAGCAGACGUUUAAGCAGGUAGCCAAUCUCAACGAUGAGCAGUGCAUCCUGAAGUUCUUGGAGAUACUUGCACCAAUCUACCGCUAUGACAAGGAGUGCUUCAAAUGUGCACUUGGGUCCAGCUGGGUUAUCCAGGUAGAGUUAGCUAUCGGGCCAGAGGAAGGGAUCAGCUACCUCACUGACAAGGGAUCCACGCCCACCCAUUUAGCUAACUUUAACCAAGUUCAGUCCAUCCAGUAUUCUGCUAUGGAGGAGAAGGACAGGAAAGGGAUGCUACAGCUCAACGUAGCCGGAGCUGCCGAGCCUCUGACAGUUACGACAGCAUCACUGACCAUGGCAGAGAACUUGGCUGACUUGAUUGAUGGUUACUGUCGGCUAAUCUCCAUGGAUACUCAUUCGUUCAUCGUCAGAUUUCAGAAAGAGGGAGAGAGAGCACUGCCUUCAAUCCCAAAAGUGUCCAAUAAUGAGAAAAAAUUAGAAGCAGUCAGGAGUGGAGUAAGAGCUAUCUCUGUCUCAGACCUAGUGACAUCGACGCCUCCUAAGCCAACCAAGGCGCGGCGUUUCCUCCUCCCCUUUGUCUUCUGUUCAGAUUCGCCGCCCAAUGAAGAUCUUAGUGGGGAUGAGACUGAUGACUAUGCUGAGAUAGUUGAUGAAGAGGACACAUACACCAUGCCCUCCAUCAGCUAUGGAGUAGUUGAAGCACGGGAUUAUGAGAUCCAGAGGGACAGGAUAGAGUUGGGCCGCUGUAUAGGAGAGGGUCAGUUUGGAGAUGUACACCAAGGAGUCUAUAACAGCCCGGACAAACCACCUCUACCUGUUGCCAUUAAGACCUGUAAGAACUGUACAUCAGACAGCGUCAGAGAAAAGUUCCUACAAGAAGCAUUGACAAUGCGUCAGUUUGACCAUCCUCACAUCGUCAAGCUGAUCGGAGUGAUCACAGAAAACCCUGUUUGGAUCAUCAUGGAGCUGUGUACGCUUGGAGAGUUACGUUCAUUCCUUCAGGUGAGGAAGUACAACUUGGAUUUAGCCACUCUCAUUCUGUUCGCCUACCAGCUCAGCACAGCGCUCGCAUAUCUGGAGAGUAAACGCUUUGUGCACAGGGACAUAGCAGCACGCAAUGUGUUGGUCUCUUCAGUCGACUGUGUGAUGCUCGGAGACUUUGGUCUGUCACGAUACAUGGAGGACAGCUCUUACUACAAAGCUUCUAAAGGUAAACUUCCUAUCAAAUGGAUGGCUCCUGAAUCUAUCAACUUCAGAAGAUUCACCUCUGCCAGUGAUGUCUGGAUGUUUGGUGUGUGUAUGUGGGAGAUUUUGAUGUAUGGCAUCAAGCCUUUCCAGGGCGUGAAGAACAAUGAUGUGAUUGGCAGGAUAGAGAACGGCGAGCGAUUGGCUAUGCCUCCUCAGUGUCCGCCCACCCUCUACAGUUUGAUGACCAAAUGUUGGUCGUAUGACCCAAGCAAGCGACCGCGAUUCACUGAACUCAAAACACAACUCAGCACCAUACUGGAGGAAGAGAAGCUUCAACAAGAGGAGAGACUUCGAAUGGAGAUGAGGAGACAAGUCACCGUGUCCUGGGACUCUGGAGGGUCUGAUGAAGCACCGCCUAAACCCAGUAGACCAGGUUACCCCAGUCCUCGUUCCAGUGAAGGCUUCUUCUCCGGCCCCCAACUCAACCACUUCCCGCCAUCAGCCCAUGGUGGUGUAGGAGGAGUAGGAGGCAGCUACCCUCCUUCUGAUUCCUGGAAUCAACACAGACCUGAACACAUUGCGCUGUGGAGCCCUAACAUGGAGGACGGUGGAUGUGUAGGCCAGGCUAUGAUGGAGGAGAGACUGAUGAUGCAGCAACAACAGAUGGAGGACGACCAACGGUGGCUGGAGCAGGAGGAGAGCUUCAUGGUCAUGAAGGCAGAGUCCAGAAACAGCAGAGGAAGCAUCGACAGAGAGGAAGGCACACUUCAAGCACCGGGUGGAAGCCAACAUAUCUACCAGCCUGUAGGGAAACCAGAACAUGUGGCUCCUCCUAAGAAACCGCCCCGCCCCGGAGCUCCUGGUCAUCUAGGCAACCUGGCCAGUCUCUGCCCAGUGGACAGCUACAACGAGGGGGUUAAGCCGUGGAGGUUGCAGCCUCAGGAGAUCAGCCCACCCCCCACCGCCAACUUGGAUCGCUCCAACGACAAAGUGUACGAGAACGUGACAGGAUUGGUUAAAGCUGUGAUUGAGAUGUCCAACAGGAUUCAGCCUGCAGCCCCAGAGGAGUACGUCCCAAUGGUCAAGGAGGUGGGUCUGGCGCUGAGGACUCUGCUAGCGACAGUGGACGAGACACUUCCUGCGCUGCCAGCUAGCACACACAGAGAGAUUGAGAUGGCUCAGAAGUUGUUGAAUUCAGAUCUGGCCGAGUUAAUAGCGAAGAUGAAACUGGCCCAACAGUAUGUCAUGACAAGUUUACAAAAGGACUACAAGAAACAGAUGCUAAUGGCAGCUCACGCCCUCGCAGUGGAUGCCAAGAACCUGCUGGAUGUCAUUGACCAAUCACGACUCAAGAUGAUCCGCCCACAUUAGUUUCUGUUGCUGUGGAGAUGGAGAGUGCAGUAGCUUUAGCCAAUCACAAAGAGAAGAGAACAUUUAGAUGGAUAUCAGUGACGGACGGAUUAAUAAAUGAACUGAUGGACAGGGAAUAUGAAUGACUGAAACAAUCCGCUUCCUCUUCUCCUCCUACAAACAUUCAUCGUUUAGUUAGUGACUAACAGUUUAGUUUUCUCUAUGGCAACGGUCAUGUUUUAGUCAAUAUUGUGUUAUUUUGUACUUGUAUUACUUGUACUUUUUUGUUGCAUUAUUUGCUUUUGUAUCCAGAGAAACGCUCCUCUCCCCAUCACGUAUCCUCGAAGAUGAGUUUUUUUUUUUUAAAUCAUCCAUUACUACUUUUUAAUCUUUGAUGAAAGUGAAUCAAACAAAGGUUUCAGAGGCUUGCUUGAAGGACUGCAGAGAUAUUUUGGUGAAUGGACGCACCAAGAUUGGCCACAUAAACACGACUAACACGCUCCACACAUGCAGGAUGUAACAACUGGAACUGAAGAGCCAGGAUGAGGACGAUAAUGAAGAUGAUAUGAUAAUGGUGUUGUUUGAACAUGCUUUUAUGUCAUUAUUAAUUAUUAUUAUUACUAUUUUCAGGCUUGACUCUUACAGUAUGUCUAUGUUCAGUUUUCCUCUUGAAAAAAUGGGCAAAAUAAUUGAUUUACAGCUGCUCAUAAAAGUCAUAAUUUCAUCUCUUUUUUUCCACCUUAUUUUCUCUAGAUCUCUAUAUCUCAGGCACCGAGGGAUGGCGUAACAAUGAAAUAUGAAAUCUGUAUUUUGAAGAACAAACUAAAUGUCACAGGCCACUUUUUAAGUUAACUUGCAUAGUAAAUAUACAAAGAAGCUAUAUUUUUAACAUGUUUCUGAGGCAUGAAUUGUUAGUGAAUAAGGGAGAGGGAUGAACAGGUGGAAAAGUGAAGGGACAGAGGGGGGAGUGGUGGAAGGAGGCGGAGGGGGGGGGAUUUUGAGUUGCAAUGGAGGUAAAAAUACUGUACAGUAUGUCAUCCUGUGCCAAAUGUACUGCAAUUGACUGAAAAGGAACAUUUCACUCAAAUGGUAUUGGUUUACUCAAUAAUCAACAUUUUUAGCAGCAACUCACCUGUUAUUUUUGCAGAAGUUUCUACGAAAAAUUCUUUAUUGCUUGUUUUGUAUGUUGAAGCCAAAUUGUCAUGUUGUGGGUUCCUUCUAUUUGUCUUCUCACAAAUGUUCACUCAGCAAUAUGCAGUGCUGCAAGCUUUCACUUACGCCCUCAUUGUCAAAUUUCCAGUAGAAUUCAACAUUAAUAAUAUGCUGUCUCUUUUUAGGGGGUGAAUUACAGUUGCAGUUUCUUGUUUUACUCCCCAUAAAACCAGGGACAGAUGCACACCUUGCUGGCCAAAAUGGGGCACAGGUUUUGUUCAUGGGGUUAAAUUGUUCAUGUCCAACAUGAUUUGCUCUUUAUCUCCCCUCUAUCAGUCCUUCUGCUUUUCUUCUCUGUCUUUCUACCUCCCUCCACUGGAGUUAUUUAUACCUUUAUUCCCUCUCCUCUUCCCUUUAUCACCCCCACAUUUCUACUUGUCCUCCUUCAGCCUCAUCUUCCUCUGAUUCUCUCUCCAUUCCACUGUUCCCUCUCCCCUGAGGUGAGCAGUAUUCUCAGGAAGGAGUCACAUGUACAGUUGCUAAAGCAAGCAAAUAAAAACACUGUUAUCAUUAAGAAAUA